ACCAGCAGAGGAACUCCGCUGUCACCAGCGCCAGGCUCUGGAUCUCUCGGACUUGGCCGGUCAAGAUGGUGCGGGGUGCGGUGGUGCUGCUCGGUCUCGUGCUGGUAGUGCUGUGCCAAGCAGAGUUCGCUCCACCUACAGUGAAUAUCAGCUUGGAUGAAGAUCCAGAAGUGCGAUGGGCGCCUCUGCUGAAAGUCUUCGACGUAGACUACCUGAAGAAAGCCGGCGCAGAGGUCAUUGACACUACAGUUCCAAAAUGGGUUCAUCAUGCAAUUGCACCAAUUGUUGCGGCCUUGGAAAAGUACAUUCCUCAGCCUUAUGCAGGGGAGAUCCGUGGCAUGGCUUCAAACCUGGGAGGAAGCAUUUCAGAUGUCAUCAUGCUUAACUUUGCCUAUGAAAUAUCUGCAUUUUGCACUAGCAUCAUAGCUCAGGACAAAAACGGGAGCGUGUACCACGGCAGGAACCUUGAUUAUCCGCAUCCUGUUCUGAGGAAUCUGACUGUGAACAUAGUUUUCCUCAAGAAUGGAGAGGUGGCCUACCGUGGAACCUCUUUUGCUGGCUAUGUAGGACUGUGGACAGGACAGAGUCCUAACAAGUUUACUGUCUCUGGUGACCAGAGAGGAAGUGAACACCUGUGGAACUGGUGGAAGAAUGUGGUGUCCGCUUUCCUCCUUAAGAGAUCCCCAGUCAGCUGGCUGGUCAGGGAGACUCUGGAGGAAGCGCAGGACUUUCAAGAGGCAGUGAUGCGUCUGUCUAAAAUCCCCAUCAUCACUGGGGUGUAUUACAUUGUGGGCGGGGUGCGAGCAGGGGAAGGGGUCGUCAUCACCAGAGACCGAGCAGGCCCUGCUGAUAUCUGGCCACUGGAUCCUGUGAAUGGGGGAUGGUACAGAGUGGAGACGAACUAUGACCACUGGCUUCCUCCUCCAGCCAGGGAUCAGCGAAGAGACGCAGCCAACAAAGCACUAAAUGCUACUGGCCAAGAUCACAUAAACAUGGAUACACUUUAUCAGGUUUUGUCGCUGUAUCCGGUGUGUAAUGGAAUUACUGUUUACACAACAACAAUGAGUGCGGCAGCUCCUGAGCAGUACAACACACUUGUCAGGCCACAGGGCUGCCCUGAUACUGACUGAACUGACUGCAGUCAACAACGCACUGAUUUUUGCUGCAUUAUCCUUGUGCAUCUGAACUUCACAACAUGGUUACAUGCAGAGUCAUAAUCAUGUGGAGAUGAUAUAAUUGAGAUUAGAGAGGAAUUCCAUAAAUGCAUUUUUAGGGGUGACUGCUUUUCUGCCUCUAAUCAAAGAAAAAAAAAUCGCUGCGAUAAUUUUUGUCACCUUCUGUACGUGCAAAUUACAUAUCAAGCUUUUCAAUACUGAAAUUAUUGUGAUCUUCUGGAGUGAAGUGAGGAGCAUUUCUGGUGUAUGAAAAACACACUGGAAUUCAGCACAAGUUGAAAUAUCCUCAGGGCAGAGUGGGGUUAAUUUAUCCCUGUGAUUUAUACAUCCGUCAGUUUUUAAAUACAAGUAACCGAAUCUCACCUCCAGGAAUGUGACAAAAGCAGGUUGGGCACAAAAUAGGGAAGGUGACGAUGACAAGGAGGGAAGGAGGGAAGGAGCUCCG